CCAGCAGCAUCUCGCAAGCCAGCGUCGUCUCUAGAAUGAGCUGUUCGGAUAGAAGCGCUGCCCUUUUUUUACUUGGGAGUAAAGAUGUUUUUUGUUGGCAAGGUGCGGUUUUUGCUCAUAAAGAACUGUGCUAUGAGGCCUGCCCACCCAGUUUAAAGAGGUCAAGGCAUUUCAGCAGGAAGAAGCAAGCCUGAAAACUUCAUUCUGGGGACAAACAAGGAAAGAACAUUUAGCAGAUUUUUUUUUAAGGUGGCUGUUAUGUCUGUCUGACUAGCUUUGUCAUUCACUGCCCCCUGUAGGUGAUUCUUUUUUGUGUGUACUUGGGUUUGUAUAUUCCAGCUGCGUCAAUUCAACUGGGGCUGGCUCUAGCUGAUAGGCUAAAAUAUAUGUUUCUCUCGACUCAAUGCAUGACCAGUGCAUGUCCUUCUGAUAAGCCAAAGUUGGGACAUGCCGGAUGGAGAUAGAUCUUGCUUACUGCAUUCUUUCCUUCCUGACUCAUUGAAAUCCCCCCCUUUCUUUUAAAAAAUGAACGUGAACAUAGCCUAAUAAACCAUGCACAAUUCUCUCGCCUCCAAAAUGUGUGGUGUUCUUCGAAGCUUCAUGACUACCAUUUGCGCUCUGGCCAUCCUUUCCCUGUUGUUGCAACUUUGCGUGGCAAAAACUGUGUAUGCAGAGAAAGGCUCUUCCGUGGAGCUGCCGUGUCCCUGUCCACAGUGCGCUGAGCAACGCAGAGAAAUGAACUGGUACUUUGACCAGAAAGGCACUGCGAUCCUUCUCUUCCGCAAAGUGCAGCGUGACAGUGUGGAGCGUCAGCUGGCUGCCUGGGCUCGCCUUGAGAUGCUUCCGAAUUAUUCCCUUCACUUUAGCAACGUGAUGGACAGUGACACGGGUAGAUACUGGUGCGAGGCACACAAUUAUUAUGAUCUGGUGGUUGUCACAGGAACAAAGCAGACAGUGGAGAGCAGGAGAGCGGAUAGUGUGUGCUACAUCCUGAGUUGUUCCGUCUCAGUCGAAAACAUACAGCACUCUGUGGUCAAAUGGUGGGAAGGCAAAAAGGAGCUUCAGGAUGAAGAGAAGGGAGGAACCAGCAUUUUCAAAGGAAAAAGGACCUCACAACUCCACAUUUGUGUGAGAAAGGAGACAGCUGGAGACUGGGAAGGACCAAGGACCAAGAAAAGGAAAGUGAAGUGUUCUUUUGCUGACCACUUGGGGAUCACCUUCAAUUUGACUGGAGCAGCCAAAGAUUGUGUAUUAGCGUGCCCUAACACAACUCGGUGCCUGGAAAAUGGAGGGCAUGGGGGCACCUGGAUCCCACUGGUGGCAUGCGUCACACUGCAGUUAGUAAUCAUCCUUGCUUUGGGGGUGGCAUUGUGGAGAAGGAGCCAUUGCAGGAAAAAACAUGAAUAUCUUAAAAAGGGUGGCAGAGAUGCUUCCAAGCCAAAACACAGACCUCAGCUGUAUGAGAAUGUCCGGACUCGAUCUGAGAUGGCACAGCGAGGGGAAAAUGUCACUUCCCACUGACUCCGUUCAUCCUGGACCAGAUCCCGCAGUAAUGGAAUUUCAUGAUCUUUUUCAAACAGUUUUUUUCCCAGCGAAGAGUUCCCAUCCUGCCAAACUUUUCCUAAACCUCUGCAUACCAUUGACUAAUACUCUCAGACAGAAAGUAAUACUUCUGGCAUGAAACUAAACAGAUAAUUUCUUCUUUGGUUAGGUGUUAUUUCCCCCACUUUCAUUACACUUUUAUCUUUACCUCAUGAGGGAGAGUCUAGAAACUCUGACUUCUCUCAUCCAUUGUUAUGUGUAACAACCUAACCUGCUCCAGUCCCUUUCAGGGAGAAUCCGUUUUGCUUUAUGACACUAGGUCUCUCUCUUUGCCCCCAACUGCCCUCCCCUUCCCUAUUUCUGUAAUUUUCAUGAGAAACAGGAAAGAUACGAUUGUCUCUUCAUUGUGCCUGAGGAAGUGAGCUCUGACUCAUGGAAGCUCAUGCUGGAAUAAAUGUUGUUAAUCUUUAAAUUC